CCUGACCUUCCGACCUGAAUGUGAAUUUGACUUUGAAUUGUAAUUUUGGCAAUUGACCCACUUUCUCGCUCCUUCUGAAACUUUCCUCCCAGCUUGGUAAUAGGGUUCUUAAAAUUUUCCAGGAAAAUCAUUCAAAACUCAGAGAAAAUGGAGGAAAAUAUACAGGUCUCCCUCGAUAAGCUUCCCAUCAAGCGCUUGGAUGUCAUUGAAGAGAAUGGAGUCGAACGAUUCCCUUCAGAUUUGGAUUACGAUGAGAAGCGGUUAUCACUAAUUAGGCGUAUUGACUUUGCUUGGGCUAUUGAAAAAGGAAAAAAGAAGAAACAGAAGAGAACCUCAAAGGAGGCCUCAACACCAUGGCAAUGGCAGAAUAUGGUGGAGAAUUUGCAGUUAGCUCAUCAGGAGCUCUCUGUCAUUAUAGAUCUCAUCAACACUGUGGAAGCAAAUGAUGCAGUAACUGUGGCGAGCAUGACAAGGCCAAAACCAUUGCCAAAUGAAGUUUUGUCUGAUCUUGCUGUCUCUGCAGCCACCAAACUACAAUGCUACCGACAUGUUGGUAAAUAUUUCAAGCAAUCUGCGAAAGCUUUUGAACAGCAGGUUGCUAGGGAGGCAAGGUUUUAUGGUGCUCUAAUCAGGUUGCAGCAAAAUUGGAAAAUUAAACGGCAGCGUGUGGCAUCUAUUGCUCCAGGAAAUGAAGGUUUCACCUUUGAUCUCUUUGACAACUCAUAUGACCCAGGAGCUAUAAAUCGGUUAUCUCCUUUGUCCACUGUUCGUGUUGAUCAUGAUGCGGCUGGUAUGCUGGCAAUUAGUUCAUCUCCAAAUUCAUGCCACUCACUGCAAUUUGGUUUUCUUGGUGUGCAAUCAGACGAUAUCCUGAGAAAAUCCAAUAUAAAUAAAUUCAACUUUUCUAGUGAGUCUCACUUGGGAAAAAGUGGUGAAGAGUCUUUAAGUGAUGAAGAUUGUGUGAAGAAGUCACAUUCACUACUCCGUGAAGCACAUCUAGCAAUUUUUAAUGAGCAGGUGUUUGAUCUGGUGAAUCGUGAAGCAUUUAACUCAUCAACUGGAGUCAGUGUGACUGGAAUACGUGAAAAUUAUUUACAGUUGAGCUUAGGUCAAGGAACCUUUGUGUUCUUAUCCCUAGUGCCAUCUGGUCAAGAUGAUCAUAAAGUUGAAGGCGCAGUCACUGAUAAUGUAGGAAUAGCAAUUCUGCCUUCAGACUCAUUGGAUGGGGUGAAGUUGCAAGAUGCCAAACAUAGCAUUGAUAAGAAGAAAAAGUGGCAGUUUCCUAGUUCUCUGAGCUAUGAAAUUUAUCUUCAACAGAUCUUCCAUGAACAUAUAUUUGGGAAAGGUAUUGGAAAACCAAUUUCUUCUGGUACCUGGGUUUCUGGAGUGCCAGCAAAGGAUGGAUCAGGUCUUCUGGGUCAUUUUUCUAUGUCUUUGUCUCAUAGGAUCUUUUCAAGUAAAGUCCUUGCUGAGCUGGAAAAUGUGAUUUGCAAGGUGCCAUAUCUCCAACUGAUUACAAAUCCCACGUGGCAUUCUCGGACAUCAUCCUGGACACUUUCAAUGAAGGUUCCUCAAUCUAUUCUCCGCAUGGGCAGCCAAACAAAAACAUCUAAUAUUUCAUACGAGAAAAAUGCUGUUAAGUCUCAUUUUUGGACUAAGGUGGUUGUAAAUGAUGAUUGCAUUAAUGUAGAAGGAGAAGGUGCUCCUAAAUUUGUAGGCUUGUUCAAGGGAAAGUCUGAGGAAAUUCAUUCAAUGAACAAAUAUGACUGCAACUUGGCUGAUCUUCCUGUGAUUAUUUUGCAGCAGGUUGCUAGCCAGAUUAUUAACUGGCUCUAUCAGGAAGCUCUGAUGGUUGGAAUAAAAGCAAAUCGUGACUUCUUAUGCUUGUCUUUUGAGCUGGCUCAGGGUGAAACAUUAAGCCUGGUUGCGCAUGUAGAUCCAGAGGAUAUCUAUGGCUGUAUAUCAUGGUGGUUGGUCAUGGAGGACAGUUUUGCAGAGGAGCGAAAGCUUCACAUUGACAUCGCUGAUGGUGCAUCUGAACACAGGAAAUUCCUGGGCCACUUAUCUCUGGAUUUGUUAUAUGCAACAUUGAUGGAUCUAAUAGGCUUGUGUUGUGCUGGUGGUGGCCAAUGAUUGAUCUUGCACUUGCCAGUGGGUACUGCUUGUGCUUCCAGGUAUCUCUUUGACGGCCACUAAUCCCUAUACACAUGAUUUGAUGUAUGUGCUUUGACUAUGAUAGAAACAUGCAAAUUAGCCUCAUGAAUUGCCUCAAGUGUUUAUGGGAGAUUGGGGUAUGAGUAAUGGUUCAGAAUUCAUGCUCUAUUUAUGUAACCAAAGAAAAGUGUAAUUUUAAUUUGAAAGGCCCAAAAAAAAAAAAAUAAUGAUAAAGAAAGAAAGAAAGAAAGAAAGA